GAAGCAAAAAUGUGCACGCUUUCUUCGCGCUGAGAACGACGAUUUCUGUUCACCACAAUGCCGGACUCAUAUCGGCCAGAUUGGCGAGAGCGAGCAGCGCUUCUGACUGGCAAGGUCUAGAACGCCACACCAAUUGUACCUGGCCACCACCCCCGCUCGUCAUGCAGCGCCCGUCGACCAUCGCCGUCUCUGCCCUCGCGCCGCACCUCUGAUCUACAGCUAAGAUGCCUCUGCUGAGUAUGCGCACUUCCUAAAUGGCGCACUGAGAAGCGCCGAUGACGCCCUGCGGCCCUACUAUAUACCCACUGCAGCCCUCGUGCGCCGCCCAUCUGUGUCACUUCACCAUUGAGAUUUCUGACGUACAGCACUGACUCGCCCGCAUCCUCACGCCACCACUGCUACAAUCAUACAGGCACCGCCAUGCCUGCCGACAAGACCGAAUCAGCCCACGUCGAGCAAUUAGAGAACCCCGAACAUGAAGCCCUCCUCACCGGCGCCUUUGCGCUCGCCAGCUUGUUCAGUAGCUGUGUCGAGGCAUUUGGGUUGAUACAUGCGAACCAGAAGUGGGACAAAGAGGAGCAGCUACAGUUGACGCGGUUGGGACUACAGCAGGCUCGUCUGUUGAUAUGGGGAACAGUGGUGGGCAUAGCGUCUCCUCCAGCGUCUGUCACAGAUCGCAAAGUUCCCAGACACCCUAGCUUGGCAUAUCCAGACUUGAAGGAGCCGACAUUCUUCGAUGCACGAGAUGCCCGACUGGACGAUCCCGAGUUCAGGACGCCUAUCGAGCAGACCCUCAGCGCUAUCGUAGACCGCUCGGCUGCGACCACGCGAGAAGAGAUGAUGGCCAAGUAUGGGUUGAAACCGGCGAGAAAGUUUGGGCCGGUGCUCGAGCAGGCAAUGGAUAUGAACCGGCUGGAAGGCUUUCGAGAGAAAUAUGCACUGCUCCGAGAGGUGGCCGAGGAUGUUGCGCGCAUCAAUACAAGGCGGAACAAUUCGCUGACCUACACGCCUUGGAUGCUCGCCGAUGUCGGGAAAUUUGGCCACUUCAUUGACCUCACACAAGAAAAGGUGGACUCGUUGAUCAACUUGCUUGAUGUGAAGGAAAAAGUGGACAGAGCCAUGCGCAUGGACAUUCGAAUGUUUGGCUGGCAUAUUAUACCCGACCGAACGAGAACUGCCCAGGACAUAUCGAAGCUACGCAUGCUGCAAGAAAUUUGCAAAACUGAUUAUCCCGAGUACCUGGUUGCGACACAGCAGGCCCUGGACAACAUCAGCCGCGAGGCACGAGAAUUUGCCGUCUCCUCUUACAUUGUCUCCAAAGAGCAAGCCAAGUUUCUCAAGUCAGGGCAUGAUGCUAAUGGCGAGGAAAAGCCCAAGAAAAAACCUGGCUUGCUGAAGCUGUUCAAACCAUUCGGCAAGAGGGAUCAGCAUCGCAUAGGGCACAGCCACAGCAUCAGUGGCCCGGCCUCUGCACAAACAGAUGACAACCUCGACCCUCCUCGCUCCAUGUCUGAUGUCGGACCAAACCUUGGCCGUAUUCGCAGCAAAUCGGUCGGCACUGAACUGGAGCUUGAUGAAGAUGUCAGAAAUCGUCUCGCGCAGAUGGAGACGCACACAAGUGAGGGCGCCAGUGAGUCACCUAUGAUCGUGGAGACAUUUGGCAAAGCGAUCGACACACCAUUUGCAAGUCCUACCACGGUGCUACGACCUGCGAAGGAGCCGGGAGUCGUGGAAAGGCACGACAUGUACAAAGGCAUUGCCAGGACUGAAACGCGAAACUUGCAUCAGGCGGACUAUUGAGGUGUUUUGCUGACUAUCUGAUAUCGUUUUAUACCCAUUCGUUGUUCGCUGCAUUUGACGGAGGAAGGUAAUGUUCUUAUUGAUAGGUUUGUGCACUAUAGUAAUGAGAUUCUUGACUGCCAAGCCUCUCAGGCAAUUCUCAGUCACUCACCAAUGUAGGAGUUUGGAAUACCAAUGCUCCUUCCAAGAGUGGGACGAGCUACAUACAGCUCUAACAAGACAUUACCGCUUUGCCGAAGUAUUUGAAGCUCUGGAGUGAUAGCUUCAACAAUGUGACGUAUGCAAAGUUAAUCAAAAGCAAGUGAGAGGUAUAAUACCUUCGAUGUCCUGUCUUUACUUCCAGCGAACAGGAUGCAACGCACAAACAGCUGAAAGAACACCUCAAUCAGCCAGAUCCCAAGACACAAAACUCCACAAUGGCAGGAAUCACCCUCAUCAGCGCAACCCCCUCCCCCUUCGCCCGAAUGAACCGCAUCGCCAUGAUCGAAAAAAACAUCCACUUCACCAUCCGCAACGAAAUCCCCUGGCACAGCGACACGACCGAAACCCCCAAACACAAUCCCCUCGAGAAACUCCC